AUUGCAAUAGGAUGCCAAAGUGCCCUGGAAAGACUCUCGCCUCUUCCAUCCCAUCAAAAUUGAUGGCCACCUGCCCCAAUAUCACCCCUCAGCCCACACAGGGGACACUUGCUGGGCAACAACAGACAGCCGUUCUCCCCAGUGCUGGUAUUUCCACUGGCUUACUGGUGAAUUCUGGAACCAUCACUGUUCCAGUAGGCAGCACCUCUGCAAACUACAGCCAUUGCUCUAACCCUGAUGCAAUGGAUACCACACUUCCCUCACAGGCCGUUUUCUUUCAUUCUCUGCCUCAGUCCAAGGCAAACCACUUACCAUUCUACAACACACCACCCAGUAGCAGCACUGCUGUGGCCCAUAACUCCACCAAUUUACCUGCCAAGUCAGCCAUCACACCAAUAUCAAUUUCUAACCACUCUGCCCCAGGAAUCACCUCUCAGCCCAUAUCUGGGAACCAAAAUGGGAAGCAGCCUGGUAAUUCCUACCAGUUGGGAAAACCAGUAGCCCCAACACAAGCCAUAGGCCCAACUGUCUCUAUAGCCCAACCAUCCAAAGAUGGCAGAAAGCAAGCAGGCAUUGCGGCCUCUGCAUUUGGCACCACUGUCAAAAAACAGAAGGCCUUUUGUUCCAAGACAAGUAUUCUCCCCAGUGGCAUAUCUACCGCUAGUGGCCGUGCAGUUGCCGCUGGGAUACUCAGUGCCAGGGUCAGUAGCUCCCUGAUUACACUUACUACUCUAGCCCCACAUGUGUUAACAGGACCUGCAGCCCCCAUGGACGGUAGGAGCUUUGGGUUUGGGGUCUCUAUCCCAGGCCCCACUCGCUCACAGGUACCCGGAACAUCCAAAUAUGGGGCAGGGCUGCAGGGGGCACCCAGCACCACUUCCGCUCCUCCUUUUGGUCAGACAACUCAGGCUGUGUCUCAAAACAAUAUGGCUGCUGCUGUAGGAGGGGCAAGUCCUGUCCCAGUAUUUGGACAGGCUUCCAAUUCCACUUUAAACCCGGGUACCCAGGGCCAACCCAUCCAAAAUGUGGGUGGUGCAGUAGUGGGAAACCACAAUACUAUUUCAACUGUUGGAGGCGCAAGUGGGCCCAGUACCCUUAAGGGUACCCAGGGAUCAUCCAAACAAAGAAAAACUUCUCCAGGUGGAAAACCAACCACCAAAGGCAAGAGAAAUGAGUUAAAAGACAUGUCUACUUCCACCUUAAAUCCAAGCACCAAAAGCCAACCUGCCCAAAGCAGGGGUGGUCCGAUUAUGGGAAAGGACAACACUGCUCCCACCAUCAGAGGCUGCAGUGUGUGUGUUACCUUCAAGUGCAUCCAUGGCUCAUCCAAACAAAGAAAACCAGGGGAAAGAGCUUCCACCUCAGAAGAGAGAAAUACAUCGAGAGAUGUGUAUGUUUUGCCCUUAAAUCUGGGUACUAGGGGCCGACCUGCCAAAAGCACAGGCAGUACCUCUAAGGGACAGGACAAUGCUGCUCCCACCAUCAGAGGCUAUAGUGUGCCUGUCACUGUCAAGUGCAUCCAGGGCAACCCAAACAAAGAAAACCCUCAAGUGAAAGACCUACCACCUCAGAAAAGAGAAAUAUGUUGAAAGACAUGCGUGUUUUGCCCUAAAAUCCAAGCAUUAGGGGCCAACCUGCCGAAAGCACAGGCAGUACAACUAUGGGAAAGGACAAUGCUGCUCCCACCAUUGCAGCCUCUGGUGUCCCCAUGAGGCAGACCUGCACCCAGAGCUCACCCAAACAAAAACACCCCGCUCUAGGUGGAAAAGCCACUGCAAAAGGGAAGAGAAAUGUGUCAAAAAACGUAUGUGUUUACCCCUUACAGAACACCGGGGGCUCGCCUGGCCACACGACCACUGUUGUAAUUCCAAGUACAAACACCAACUCUGUGCUUCAACCCACUACCAGUUCCCUCUUUCCUCCAAGCACCUGUGGUGCACCUGCCCAGAAUACAGGUGGUUUAAAGGAAGGGAACACCGUCAUUCCAAAGACUGGAAAAUCUGGUAUUCCUGUUUUACACCAGGAUAACUCUGGCACACCUGAUGCAAACACUGGUGGUACAGAUGAAGACGACAUCGUAGCUAUGAUGGCGGCCCUUUAUAUCAGCAAGCACCCUCAGAAGACUUGGCACUGACACAGGUGGUGCUAGGGGAAUCAGCACCACAUCUACUAUGACUGGGAACACUAAAGGUCCCCCACCCACACAGACCACAUGGAGCGCCACGAACCACAGCACUGAUGGUGCAAUGUGGGGGGUCGUGCCAUGAAAUUUUAGAAAUCUCUGCUCGGAACACGUAGGCCUGCCCCUAGUCAGAGUACUCCUCUGACUUUGGAGAAACCAGUAAUGUGUUUGGAGGGUUCUGGCCUACUGUUCCUGUGUCCUGGACGUAGCCGAGUCACCUUCAUAAACUGCCCAGGGCUUCAUAGGAAACUACCAAGUUCUUUCUUUUGUGACAUGAGUCUCAACAAAUAUGGGACAUACAUUCCUCUGCACAUUGUAUGUGACAGUAAAUGGACUUUGCUGUGCUAUAAAGGGGCUCAGCCCCUGCAAGUUAAACUAAACCUAUUCUAUUUCUAUAAGUCAGAAGGAAACAGCCUUUGGGGGUGUAUAUUUUGGAAGGUGAGGGGCACCUGGGCCCAGUUAAGAACUACACCAGAUUCAAGAAGUUCCAGAUAUAGUUCCAGAAUAGAAGAAAGCUGCAUGCAUCAUCAACAGUGCGUGUCUCCACUGGCUUGACGUUAACUUGGCUGACCAAAGCUCUGAGCCAGUUUUGCCUCGUCCUGCAACUGACAGGAUGCCGUCUGCUGUCUGCAAAAGUUCCUUUCCCCAUACCUACUUGCCUCAAUGGACCCUUAUCUUUCCCAAAUUGAAUAUAUACUUCUAUAUCUAUAAAACAUUGUUCUUAUUAAUCUGCCUUUGCUCAUGUGCCUUUUUGUCUCAACAGUGGAGAAAGAAUUAACCUACAUGAGUGGUGAUGGGCUGAACGAGAAUUAACUAUGUAAAAUUUUCCGUGUAUCAGGAUCUAGGAUGUGGAAGUAGCCAGGCUGCUAGUGCUGACUCCUGAAAUCUGCAUUUUGAGUGUAAGGGGUGACAAUCCAGGAGGAAAUAAGCGGCGGGAUAACCCCUGAUGUGUCAAAGGAAGCCACUCUAUGAUUUUAGUUUUUAAACAUGUUUAAAUGUUUUCUUAUGUGCCUUCUUAUUUAAUUUAGACUGAGGCCAGUCAUUCUUAUAUGUUCCCUCUUCACCCAGAGAGGACAGAUUUGAACCUAGAGGAACAAAGGGAGUAAAAGUGGGUGCCUGCACUGUAGUUGUAAAUUUCAGUUUACUUAGAAUUUACCACUGCUGCUUAAAUGCAGUAGAAAAGGUCCUGUUCAAUCAUCAGCCCAGCUCAGAUCUAAAUCUCUAUAAGGCAUCAAAUUGCAUGUUACAAUUGUGCCCAAUUCUUGCUGACUCUAAACUUUUAAACUUUUCUGGAUCUCCAUGAAACUUAAUAAAGGCAAGAUUCCUGACUUUGUGGAGCCUUCAUUUUAGCUGGAGGGGAGAAAAAUACAGGUAUGUAAGUUAUCUGGUAGAUUAGCCAGUUACAAAUGCUGUGGAGAAUAAAGAACAUCGAGAUUAUAGGCAGUGGACAGGAUAAGUUUCCCUAAGUGGAAUUUGAACAGGCUAGAGGGAGGUGAAUGAAU